GUUAAGGAAGCUGAAAGUUUCUGCGAUGAAGUGCACCAGAGGAUCGACAGGUGACUUCAAAUGGUGAAGGUCGAUGUUUAAGAAGAUUUUGCUCUAUUAGGUCACGCAGCCACAAGGAAAAUAAAGCCCUCGAAAUGACAACUGUGAAAACUUUUUCUCUUACGAGCCAAAACUUACAAAAGUUUGAGAGAGAGCUCAAAAACGGAAAGAGGAAAAGGAAGUCCUUACAAAGAAAUGUGAAUCCAGAGAGAACUGAGGCAGAUGGAAGAAGCUCUGGGAUUCAGUCGUGCGGCUCACAAUCGAGUGCCUUUAAGGAAAGUCUCAGUGACCACUUCAAGGACGUGGAUACCGAAAAAGUAACAAAACCUAGAAAUAACUCUUAUUCCUUAGAUCGCCCAGAGCGAGAGGCUUUCCGAAGAAAUCCUGAAGGGCAGAGCCGAAACGAGAGCUCUGCCGCUACACCGCACGUUUCGAAAAUUAAUUACGAGGAAGGAAGUGUACUAAUCAACUACAGUAGUGACAGCGAAAAGGAUAAAAACGAACUUAACUCGGCUGAUGAGCGGGAGGAAGAAGAAGAAGAAGACAGUGAUGAUGAUGACGAUGAAGACGAAACUGAAGAAGAAAGUGAUGAAAGCGACGAUGAGAGUGAUGAAAGUGAUGCAGAAAGUGACGACGACGAAGAAACUCCAACACGAGAAUUUGGAACUCCCACCACUAUCCAAACACACUACACGAGCAGUUUAAAUGCAAGCAUCAGCAGCAUUCCUACUAUUGCUUCAGCAAGAAGCACUCCUGAGUCCAUAAUCACUAUUAAAACGACGAAAACGGUAAGAAAAGGAAGUGCACACUCCAAUGUAAGUUCGGCGCCAUCUUACGUUUUAAAUAGCAAUCAAUAUCGCAUGAAGAAAAUGGCAGCAAAGAAAGAGAAAGAGCGUGGCCAGAAUCACGAGGACUAUGAAAAUGAGUCAGAGUUAUCUUUCGGACCCGAACAGCGAUCACCGUCGGCUGCGACUAGAAUGCGUGACAAAGGUACUACAAGCGUGCAUAGCAACGGAUCUUACGUGACCACAAGAAACUGGUCACGAUGGAGUCAUUACAGUGCAGCGGGGUACAGCAUAAGUGAAGCACCUGAGGCCAUUCGUAGGCAUGACAAAUAUUCGACAGUAAAAACCACAACCACAGGAAAACGAGCAAAGAAUUUCAGGCCUGAAACUUACUUCCGCCCUAAAACCCCUCAUUUACCACUUAUCGGUAAAAGCACUUCAAGUAAUUCUGUUCCCGAUAUGCGAAGAUAUGGUAAGCGUCAUGUGACUCUCACACUGGAUCCUGAUCUUUCACGAGCGCGAUCUGUAAGUCGUAGCCAGAUGGCGUCUCGAAUGAGCACCCGAUCAAUUAUGAAAAAUCCAAAAAUGGCCCGCGGUAAAUCUGUCCCAGACCUCAACAAGGAAGCUAUUAUGUCAUUUUUUGAUAUGGAAAGAGGAAAAAAUAAAUCAGCGGCCCGCCCCGUGAACAACAAAAAAGGCGGAAGGAAAGAAACUUUUAAAAAGUCAGGAACGAGUAUUAUUGAUGAUAUCGAUGUUACAACUCGGCGAAAACGACUUCGUAAACGGAAGGAACUCCCCCAAAAAACGAGGAUUAAAAGCUCUCUCAGUUCGGCCUCAAGUGACUUUUGGAAUGCACGAAAACGGAAAAAUUCUUUAACAAACAUAGGGUCUUCUUUGUCGAGUGCAUUGUCCAUGUCAUCCAUGAAAUCAAGCAGAGCAAGGCAGAAUAGUAGACCUUCCACUGAUACAAUUAGCAAGGCGAGCUCUUCUAUAAAACAAAACAGGCUACAGCCACUCAGGAAAUACGCUAGUUAUCAGAGCGGCAGCGACCAAAUGUCCACGCGUGCGUCCAUACCAGCGUGUGAUACACCUAUCAGCUUAAUCCUUAAGCGCACUCCGAGCCUGCGGUCUGUUAUGACAGAGUACAGUAGCUAUCUAAGCUUAGCAGCCUCUAGCUUUAAGUCCGUGCGCUCCAGCUCCAGAUCAAGUCUCUCGAGCACUGAUGGAGAGAGCACAGCUAUAGGCCCAGAAGCCACAAGCCCUGAAAAGGAAGAAAAAGACGACUUGAAUAACGAGAAGCAAAAGCAGAUAGAACCUGAAAGGAAACCCUCAUCUAAAGCCAGUGAUCAACAAUCUAAACGAAGCUCGUCAGUAAAGAAAGAAGCGCUAACUUCUUCGAACUCUGAACGGCUUCAUUUACCAGCGGUUCGAACCCAGUCGGUUUCAUCCGAAAGAACUGUAAGCGCUACACCAGUAAAAGAACGCGAAAAGGCAAAGAAAAAGGAACCCGUUAAAUUACCCCAAAUUGUUCGAGUGAAUCAUUCACUUCCAAGUUUUACAGAAGCCACACGGGAUACUGGCAUUACUCGCCUGGUGAAACUUGCAAAGCCGAAGGAAUCAAAAGCGGUAUGGAUGACAAGUUUCUGGCCGAUCGUAUGGGGAAAUCAAGAUAUGAUGUGGCCCAUUUCCAGAGGAGCGCUUACAGCAAAUGCAUCGGGGAGAUUAAUGGCCUUAGCCACGCCGAAAAAAGAUUUUCAACUCGACCAUCCAUCCAAGUGUAGCAGGGGACAAUACGUUUAUAGCUGUGGCCGCAGUUCUGUCAUUUGGGAUAUGCAACCCUCAGCUUUAAAAGCAAAUAUUUCCACAAGGGUCAGUCAGCUAGCAGAACCAAAGAAAUCACCACCCCAACAUGAAGAACAAAGGGAGGCAUACAUCUUCAGUUGCGGGAGAAGUUCACCAAUUUGGCAAGUGAGCCAAACAGCGAAAACGGCCGAGGAACGGGAACUAACACUGAGACUAGCACAUGCCAAGAGAUGCCAUCCUGAUUAUCGGCCAGGAAGGGAAGUGCCCUGGAGCGUAAGUGAGCCAGCAAAACGAGCCGUGACUUCCGCACGAACCGAACAACUAGCCCGUCCCAAGACUCGACAAGACGGGCUCAUAAGGGAGCCAACAUGGCGCGUAUCUUCAGCCAGCAUGCGCACUGUAGCCUCAGCCCGUGUUCAGGAGCUUUCCAAGGCCAAGCAAACAGUUGAGGGAUAUUUGCCAUGCAGAGAGACUGAAUGGCAUAUCACAAGAAACACUCUCCGAGCAAUAGCCUCUGAUAGGAUUCAAAAUUUGUCCAAGCCAAUUAUACGCGAGACAAUGGACCAUCUUCAGUUUAACCCAGACGCAUUCACCGUUAGGGAAACUGCGAAGAAAGCUACCGCGUCGUCAAGGGUAGUUGAAUUAGCACAACCAAUCGCUCGUGGACACAAAUGAUUGUGUUAAAAGACCCAAUGAAUUGUGUAGCUCACCAAAAAUUCGUUCAGACAGCGAUUUACUUUCAAUAAAUUAAAGCUAUUCAUUCAACUGAAUCGGAAACGGUUGAAAUUAUCCUGUUUAAUGUACUCUUAUUAAAUUUUUUAACUCUAGUAACACCCUUUAAAUAUGAUGAAUUCGAAACUGAUGGAUUUGAAACAGUGAUAGAAUCAAGGGGCGGUGUUUAAAGAAGGUUAACCGCUUUUGGGCAAGAAUACUCCAAACCCAUCCGUUACGUUAAUUUUUGUAAACAAUUUCAAGGAGGCUUAUGGUUAGCAAUGUAAAAUUUACCGCAGCAUUAACUUCACUCCUUCUUUUUCAAGAAUCUCGAGGUCCAUUGAUUGUCUAAAACCGCGGCGUGCGUUAGACUUCGAUUAAAUAACCAGCCCAUAGUUUUUCACUGUUUCAACUGAACGAUAUGUAAGGACUGUUAUCAACAAAGUCAUGAGGGAUCGUUUUUGGUACAAUGCAUAACAGGAGGUUUUCUUCUGUCAAAAACGUUGCCCGUAAAACACAAAAUAACGAUGGUUUUGGCGGCAUUCGACAAACAUGUAGGCAGUGGAGCCCGAGGAGGUUUCCUUGUAUUUUUUUAAAUGUUUCAUUAUAUCCCUUCUCUUGGAGCAUCACCACUUGUUUCCGGCGGCUUUCGCGACUAACAGCUUCACCGUUAUCAGCUCCGAAAGUCCGUAUCUUGAGCGAGUAACAGGAAUUUCCAUGGAAUCAAAUUUUUGGUCACGUGACGCAAAAUUAUAAUUUCCUUUAUAACGGUAACCUCUUAAACUGAGAAACUAAUGAAGCAAACUCUGUCACAAUACUUUGGUUGAUAUUAUACCAGGCUCUUGACAAGUGAAGAUACUCUGCUCGAAAACUUUGCAGUUGACUUAAAAUUGACGACUUUCCAGACAUUCUUUGAACAGAGUUCUUGUUGAGCCAUCGUAAUUUACGGUGUAUGUUUUCAACCAUUUUUUUUUGGGUAUCCGCUGAAAUUCUGUUUUGAUCUUAGGAGUGCUUCACAUUUUCUUUUUAGUUGGUUUGGUGUAUGUUGAUAAUAAUUCCUUUUGUCCCUCGCCAUACUCUGCA